AAAUCCGGUUCAAGUUGGUGGGUUUCCCAAAAUUGGACGGUACUCAAGGUUGUGUAUCGCGCCAGUGGAAUAUUGCACCAACUGUCAACUCAUUUUGUGGACUAUAAGAGUUAAAUCAAACCUUUUUUGACUAGUCAUACUUAGUUGCAGAUCACAACACGUAAAACAGCAAUAAUAUCUAAAGAAAUCAAAAUAACCAUUCAAUGGCCGAAUUAUUUUUAGACCCAUCUAUUCGAUCCUGGGUAUUCCUUCCUCUUGUAAUAAUUACUUUCCUCUUUGGGGUUUUACGUCACUACAUGACUAUCAUGUUCACCAGUGAGAAAAAGGGUGAACUUGAGAAUAUCGGUGAUAGUCAUGCCUUAAUCCGCAGUAGACUUUUACGUGAAAAUGGAAGAUUCUUGCCCGCAAAAGCUUUUAAAAUGCGCAAGUAUUUCUUCAACGAUAAGGAGCAUGGGUUUUUUAAAACACAAAAGCGAGAAAGUCCAAUGAAUAAUCCAAUGGCUGACCCCUCAAUGGCAACUGAGAUGCUAAGAAGCAAUGCGCUCAAUAUGGUUCCAAUGAUUGUUAUCGGCAGCUGGAUCAACUGGGCUUUUUCAGGCUUCUUGACGACGAAAGUUCCAUUUCCACUCACUUAUCGAUUUAAGCCCAUGCUUCAAAGGGGCUGUGAGUCGCUUACUUCUCUGGAUGCAUCUUGGGUUAGCUCUGCAUCUUGGUAUUUUCUGAACAUAUUUGGCCUCAGAAGUAUGUAUGGUUUGGUACUUGGUUCGGACAACGCAGCUGAUAACUCGAUGAUCUUGCCAGAUCACCAAGUACCUACACCACAAGCUCCACAGGAUAUGCAAAAGGCAUUCAAGGCGGAAUGGGAAGCAUUGGAAGUAGUCGACCAUCAUUGGGCUUUAGCAGACUGUGAAACAAGAUUACUGAACAGAUUAUCUUGAUGCGUUUAAUUCUUCUUUAAAUGUCAAUAUACUCUGUUUUUCG